GGGAAAAUUAAUUAUAAAUCGAUACUAUACUACUAUACUAUACUAUUAUUAUCUUUUACCCAAAACUUUUCCAACAUUGAAAAUGGCAACGAGGAAGCAAGCUUUCAGGGUGUCUCUUCUGGACGUUGCAUCAGGGCUAAAUGAGCCUGAUAUUCAAAGCGUGUGCUUUCUGUACAAAGACAAGAUCAAUAAGCAGUGCAGAUGCCGUUUCCACAGUGCUAGUGGCCUGGAGCCUGAUCUGAGUUGUCCCUUCCACCGUGGUCCGACAGGGGUUGUAGUAAUGGAGCAACUUUUGGAGAGAGGAGAGUUUAAUGAGUGUAAUACAGACCCGCUUGUGGAUAUGCUCAAUCGAAUUGGCAGAGUGGAUUUGGCGAACACAUUUUUGAAGGAAUAUGUCAAUGUACAAACACAGAAUGGUGAUGAUAAUCCUGAACUGAAGCCCUUUUCACACGACUCUUCUCCACAACACAGUGAACCUAUGACUCAAUUAUGUGAAAUCAUGCCUCAUAAAGUCAGGCCUGAUGUCGAGGUUGACAAUAUCACACAGCAACUUUUGUCCCGUAAAGUCCAAGGAAUCUCCCCUGAGCACGUGUCUCCUGGUUUCAUUGCAAUACACUCAGAUAAACAAUGCACUGAUAUGGAGCGAGAUUUUUCCAACACGGAGAAGGUCUGUCGAUGUGUACCUCAGUGUACGGUACAUAGGGACAGGAUCCGGGCUCAGUCCCUCCGAUGUGGCAGUGUGGAUGGCUCAAAUGAAAUAUUUAGCUGCAGCACAACCACAAAUCUGUCAGGUGUGGAAUUGGAGUCUCCUUUGUCAACUGAGAGUGCAAGCCCAGAACUAAAGUAUGCUGUCUUUUUAAGUCAAUCUGAGGUGCAAGAAAUAACAAGGGUGAUAAAUGACUCUCCAGACACAGAUCCAAAAAUUAGAAGAUUUUUGUCCAACAAGUUAAUCGCUGCUAAGCCAGCCGACAAACACAGCAGAUGUAGCUCAUUUUCUGAUGACUGUGAAAUAAUUGAGAAAGAGGAAUAUUUGUCACCGAGUUUUCUUAGAGACAAACUUACUCCACGAGCAUUUUCUUUAGACAGUUUGAAAGCAAAUCGUAUGAAAAAAGUUGUUAGCUGUUCAUCAGUUCCCAAAAUAACUCAGUCUUGUGUGGUUUUGUCGAAUAUAAGUUGGGACCAUGCUCAGGGCUGCUGUGGCUGCCAGGGAGCUUGCCUUCACUCCCCUGAGUUGAACACUUUUCAAAGAGAAAAGGAGUCUAUGAAGUCGAAAGAUAGUGGAAUGGGCUUCUCCCAAGAGUCAAAUGACGCUGCUGAGGAUUCGAUGCAAGACCUGUAUAUUCCACCAUCCAGACAAGGUGGUGUGCUGGAUGAAUGGAAGGUCUCUCGUGACAAGAUGCUCAACCACAUCUUUCACCACAAAAAUGCAUCAAUGCAUAAAAAAGUGUGCAUUUGCACUGGUAGUGGGAAAACAAGACGUAGUGUUAACAUUUUGCUGCAGCUGCAUCCUGACGGCUUAGGGGUUGAUAGAAGAACAAAUUCUACUCUUGUGGUCGACGUUAAGGGUAUAUCCCAUCCCAAGUUGAACCUUUCUGUAGACUUCACGAUCAGGGUCAUAGAUACUCAAGAUCAGAAUAUCAUAGCACUUCGCAAUUUCCAAUUAGAUUUGGCUCAGAAAUCGCACACUAUCUGUGAGUUCCUAUCUCAUGAAAUAAUCAAGCAGUCCUCAGCCAAAACCUUUAAGUUCAUGCUCAAGUUCCAGCUUCAAUUGCCCAUGAAUAGAGAGUGGGUAAUAGUUAAUUAGUGUUUGUGGGUCACUUUGAUCUAUGUACUGUUAUCUAAUUAAUGUGAUCAAGAUGUGAUGUAUAACUGUGGUUUAGCUGCCAUAGUCCUUUGUUUUUUGUUUACUGUAUAGGUGCGCCUCUGGGCCCCUACUCUAUGUACAUGCAUUCAUUUUUGUAUUUUUAGUCUAAUCAUUGUUGAUCAAAGCGUA